AUGAGCGGACACGAGGCAAUUAACCCUAUCCACCCUUCCAUGGUGGGUAAACUCGACCCAGAGUUUGAGAAGAUGUACAAUGAGCAUGUUGCCAAUACCCCUAACCGUCCUAUCGAUCUUCCUUUGCUGAGAAAGAAUUACAAUAAAAUAUAUUCCUAUGGCACUGCUCCUGCACCGGAAAUUAAGAACAUUGAAAAUACAACGUUUCCAAGCUUUGAUGGCGAACCGGUGGCCCUGCGAAUUUACCGGCCAAACGACUACUCAGAGUCUGAAAAGUUGCCAGUUCACCUGGAUUUCCAUGGAGGCGGUGCAGCAGUUGGUGAUCUCGACACCGAAGCCCACAUUCUGAAAGAGUACGUUGCAAGAGCAAGAAUUGCCGUCGUGGAUGUUGAUUAUAGACUAAUUCCGGAAUACAAGUUUCCUACUGGUGUCAAAGACUGCUUUGAAGCCACCAAAUACGUCUAUGAGCACGCCGAUGAACUUGGGUUCGAUAAAAAUUCCAUUUCUGUCGGAGGAGUUUCCGCUGGCGGCCACAUUUGUCUGGCUGUGGAUCAUCUCUGCCGCGACAUUGGGCUCAAGCUGGUGUUGGUUUGUGCCGGUACGCCUCAGAUUGCCGAUAUCUCUAACGUCAAAACCGCAGCAGACUCUCCAUACCUUUCGAUCAAGGAGUGCGAGUUUGCCCCUACAUUGAACUGGGCACGUUUGAAGUGGUUUGACGACAUCAAGUGGAAAUGGCUCGAGGAUCUGACCGAGGAGCAGAAACAGAAGGAACUGGCGGAAAUCGGAUGGCUCAAAGAUCUGAUGCUGGCUCCGAAUUUCAAGGGAUUGACCAAAACUCUCGUUUUCACUGCUGGAUUGGACCCUUUGAGGAGUGAAGGCCUCGAGUACGCCAAGAAGCUCAUGGACUACGGUGUGGAGGUUGUGUACAAAUGCUACGAAGGUGUGCCACAUCCAUUCCAGCAUAUGAAUAAGAACCUCUGGCAGGCACGGGACUUUAUCUACAGAACGUCUCUAGAGCUGGCUUUGGCACACAAAACUUUGACUUUUUAG